AUAUUUUAAGAAAAAUAAUAAUAGUAUAAGAUUAAAAGGAAAUGAAGGUGGUGAAAAAUGUUGAAAACGAAACGGAUCAACUUUUUGUUUCUCUUUUCACACACGUUCUGCCAACAGAAUCUUUCCAUAUUAAUGCUCUCCACGAACUGAAAACCCCGAAACCCUCGUUAUGACCUCUAUUUUGCUUUUCUAACAUGUACUGUACGGCAAUUAAAAAAUAUUUAUGAACCGAAAAUAGAGAAUAUUAUCUUUUAGAACUCUCUUGUCCUAGUUCUAGAACCAGUUGCUUGUUUCCUAUUAUUCUUUUCUCAUUCAACUUCUCCGAAUUAGUCUAUGCAUAUAUCUCUAUAUAUAAUACUUCCACCAUAGUUCAUAGACAUUAUUUCUUUGGUACAUACAGUCCAUAGAGAUUAUUAUUAGCAGUUUUAUUUCACCAACCCCUUCCCUUUGUAUUUUACCAUGACCGCCAUGGAUACCCUAGAGGAGGAAGCACUCGACCGACUACAAAUGGAGUCAGCCGUCGAGUCAGCCCAGAUAGACUCGUUGCCGAGUCUGGAUGAGGUGGAGGACAUUCUGGGCUACCAGUUUAACAACAAAGGCUUGUUAGAGGAAGCUUUCACACAUGCUUCUCUAGGAAAGAGCUUCUCCAACGAGCGGUUAGAGUACGUCGGUGACUCUGUGCUUAACCUGCUCUUCACCAAACACCAGUACUUCGAAUACCCUGAUUUGCCACCGGGAGCUUUGACCCGACUCCGAGCCGCUAAUGUCGACACCGAGAAACUCGCGCGGGUUGCCUUUAAGCAUGGACUGCACCGCUAUUUGCGCCAUAAGAAACCUCUUCUUGAGGAACAAGUAAGCGACAAAAAGAAAUUUUUUGUUUUUUUUUUCUUUUUUAAUGAAGAGAUAAUACUCUCCUAUAGAGAUAAUUUUUUAAGAGAUAUAUCAUCGAAGAAUUCAGACUUUUUUUUUUUAGCCCUUGACUUUGAUUAA